AAAACUGAACUGUUGAAGCUUUUGAUACUGAACAUUAGCAUGUCUUUUGUGCUCUUCUGAAAUAAUUUUUUGGUCUUGCUUCGUUGAGAUCAGCUUCUCUGAGUGAUUUCUGGAUUUUUUUUCCCCCUGCUUCUGCUUCCCCCUUUCUUGGUUGUAGUACGGCCGUACCAUUUCAGCCUGCUAGUGCAGAAAGAUGUGAAUUCAGUUGCUGUGUGAGGCUGGCCUGGUGCAAACACAUUGCUAGAGAUAUGUUAAAGAGUUCCAGGUGAAUCCGGCUUGAGAGAGACAACAGCAGAACGAUAUGUGUCACAAAGAUGUCUACACGGAACUGCCAGGGGAUGGAUUCGGUGAUCAAGCACCUGGACACAAUCCCUGAGGAUAAAAAAGUCAGAGUUCAGAGAACACAGAGCACCUUUGACCCAUUUGAGAAGCCUGCCAAUCAAGUAAAAAGGGUGCACUCUGAGAACAAUGCUUGCAUUAAUUUUAAGUCCUCCUCCGCUGGCAAAGAGUCCCCUAAAGUUCGGCGGCACUCCAGCCCCAGCUCGCCAACAAGUCCCAAGUUUGGGAAAGCCGACUCAUAUGAGAAACUGGAGAAACUAGGAGAAGGAUCUUAUGCAACAGUAUACAAAGGGAAAAGCAAGGUAAAUGGGAAGCUGGUGGCUCUAAAGGUGAUCAGACUGCAGGAGGAAGAGGGGACACCUUUCACGGCCAUCAGGGAAGCCUCUCUGUUGAAAGGAUUGAAGCAUGCCAACAUUGUGCUGCUUCACGACAUCAUCCACACCAAGGAAACACUGACACUUGUCUUUGAAUAUGUGCACACUGAUUUAUGUCAGUACAUGGACAAGCACCCCGGAGGACUCCAUCCAGAUAAUGUGAAGUUGUUUUUAUUUCAGUUGCUGCGAGGGCUGUCCUACAUCCACCAGAGGUAUAUUUUGCACAGAGACCUGAAACCGCAGAACCUUCUGAUCAGUGACACGGGGGAGUUAAAGCUGGCAGAUUUCGGUCUUGCAAGAGCAAAAUCCGUCCCUAGCCACACAUACUCCAAUGAAGUGGUUACCUUGUGGUACAGACCUCCUGAUGUUCUCCUGGGCUCUACAGAAUAUUCCACCUGCCUUGACAUGUGGUGAGAAAUGAACACUUUAGCUAAACAGUGUGGCAUGCUUGGUCU